AUGUCCGCCGGGAAAGAGGAACCACGUCUGCAGGAGACAAUACCGGAGAUUCUGAUGGACCCGGCGACGGGGAAGCGGUAUUUUCGAGGACGGUUUCUGGGCAAGGGUGGAUUUGCAAAAUGUUACGAGCUGACAGACAUGGACACCAAAGAGAUUUGGGCUGGAAAAAUUGUUGCCAAAUCUUUGCUACAGAAGCAACACCAAAAAGACAAGAUGGCCCAGGAGAUCGCCAUUCAUCGCAGCAUUGCUCACAGACACAUUGUACUGUUUCACAGCUUUUUUGAGGACAGCAACUUUGUCUACAUCUUGCUGGAGCUGUGUCGCAGAAGGUCAUUGAUGGAGUUGCAUAAACGACGAAAGGCCGUCACCGAACCCGAGGCCAGGUAUUUUGUGAAACAGAUCAUUGAGGCUUGCCAGUACCUGCACAAUAACCGAGUCAUCCACAGGGACCUGAAGUUGGGAAAUUUGUUUUUAAACGAUGAAAUGGAGAUUAAGAUUGGAGACUUUGGCCUGGCUACUAAAUUAGAUUACGACGGCGAAAGAAAAAAGACGUUGUGUGGCACUCCAAACUACAUAGCCCCGGAGGUUCUAGGAAAGAAAGGACAUAGCUACGAAGUUGACGUCUGGUCUCUCGGAUGUAUUCUCUACACCUUGCUAGUUGGGAAACCACCAUUUGAGACCUCCUGCUUAAAGGACACCUACCAGCGAAUCAAGAAGAAUGAGUACAUGGUCCCGGCCAAGGUGAGCAUUCCGGCCAGAAAUCUCAUCAACCGCUUGUUGAGGGCCAACCCCUCUGACAGACCAAACAUGGAUCAGAUCAUGGGUGAUAUUUUCUUCUCAUCAGGCUACCUGCCGCCACGGUUACCCACAUCUUGUUUGACCAUGGUGCCUAGGUUCGACACGCUGGUCAAGGAACCAUCUAUGCUAAAUCCUUGCGAUGGGGUCCCUGGGACUGGACCCAGGAAGCCACUGUUUGAUGUUAAUGAAGUACAGACCAGGCCAUAUACGGCCGAGCCUGGGAGGCGGGAGUUGGACAGGAAACCAGAACGAGGGGCUGGGGAUCCCGAUUGUGAAUCUAAACCUGGUACUGGUCGGAAUGAUGAUGAUGUCAAGGACUAUUAUUUGUCAGAUCUGUGUGGCCAGCUGUCUUCUGUGAUGGCUGCCAACCCAGGGGAGAGACUAAACAUACAGAUGGACGAGUGCGAAGACCCAGCAGCCAUCCCAAUCUACUGGAUCAGCAAGUGGGUCGACUACUCGGACAAGUACGGCUUGGGCUACCAGCUGUGUGACAACAGUUUUGGGGUCCUUUACAACGAUUCUACAAGGUUGAUCUUACUCAGCAACGGAGACAACAUUCAUUACAUAGAGAGGGAUGGGACAGAACAUUAUCACACUCUCAAACAGUACCCUGAGGGUCUGGGCAAGAAGGUCACCCUGCUGAAGUACUUCCGCAACUACAUGAACGAACAUUUACUAAAGGCUGGAGCCAACAUGACCCCUCGUGACUCCGAUGAGAUGAUCAGGCUGCCCUUUUUGAGGACCUGGUUCCGCACCAGGAAUGCCAUUGUGCUGCAUCUUAGCAAUGGAACACUACAGAUCAACUUUUUCCAGGAUCAUACUAAAGUGAUUGUCUGCCCACUUAUGGCGGCAGUGACCUACAUUGAUGAGAAACGGGAGUUCCGCACCUACAGGCUGAACUUUAUAGAGAAGUACGGUUGUUCUCGGGACCUGGCCAGUAGACUGCGCUAUGCUCGCACGAUGGUUGAGCGACUGCUGACCUCAAAGUCGUCCGUAUCUGGCAGGCCAAAAUCUGUAGCCUCAUAA